AAUCUGGGACAGCGGAGAAUCCGAAUAGAUUGUUCCAUGCAUGUCCAAGGUAUCAGAAGGGUAGUCACUGUAAUUAUUUUAAGUGGGUUGAUGAUGAUGAAUUUGAAGCAGUGGGUGUGUGUGGUACAAAGAAAGAUGCAGGAGCUGAUAUGGAAGUUGAAGGUGAGUAUGAUGAAUGGAGGGUGAAGGUGGCAUGGAAGUUGGGCACUGUGGAAGCUGAAGUUAGAGUUUUUCAUGUUCUUAUUCUCUGUUGAAGGCUUGUGUUCUUUCAGAAAACUCAUUGCAAGCCUUGUUUCUCCAAACCAUGAUGAUGUGCCUCCUGUUACUUGCAUAGUUUCUGAUGGUGCUAUGUGGUUCACUUUGAAAGUUGCUCAAGAGUUCCACAUCCCUCACUUUGUGUUUUUCACUCCCAGUGCCUGUGGCAUGCUGGGAUACAUUAACUUUGAAGAGAUUCGAAAAAGAGGUUAUUUCCCAUUGAAAGAUGAGAAGAAUCUGCUUGAUGGAUAUCUUGAUACUGAAGUUGAUUGGAUUUCAGCAAUGAAAGGAGCAAGACUAAAAGACCUUCCCACAUUUCUUAGGACUACUAAUCCUUCUGAUGUAAUGUUCAAUUACAACAUAGUAAAAGUGAACACUGCUAUGCAUGCCAAAGGGGUUAUCCUUAACACCUUUGAAGACUUAGAAUCAGAGGUUUUGGAUGCCAUCAGAGCCAAAUACUCCAAUGUCUACUCCAUUGGUCCAUUAUCAAUGCUAUUCAAACAGCUCUCAAACUCAAAUACUCAAUUGGAGUCGAUUGAUCUGAAUCUGUGGAAGGAAGACAACAAAUGCUUGGAAUGGUUGGAUAAAAGAGACAGAGGUUCUGUUGUGUAUGUGAACUUUGGUAGCUUAGUGAUUAUGACACCAAAGCAACUAAGUGAAUUUGCUUGGGGUUUGGUUAAUAGCAAGUACCAUUUCUUGUGGGUCAUAAGGCCUAAUCUUGUGCAUGAUAAUAAUAAUAAUGGUGAUGGAAAAUUAAGUGAUGAAUAUGUGAAUGUGAUUGAAAGAUGUGAGAGGGAAUUGGUAUUGGGGUGGUGCCAACAAGAGAAAGUUCUGUGUCAUGCAUCAAUUGGCGGAUUUCUAACACAUUGUGGGUGGAACUCAACAUUGGAGAGCAUAUGUGAGGGAGUUCCAAUGGCAUGUUGGCCUUUCUUUGCAGAACAACAAACAAACAGCUUCUAUGCAUGCAAGAAAUGGGGGAUUGGGAUGGAGAUUGAGUGUGAUGUUAAGAGAGAGCAGGUUGAGGGGCUUGUGAGGGAACUCAUGGAGGGGCAAAAAGGGAAAGAAAUUAAGGUUUAUAAACUCGAAGGACUAAUUUGAUGGCUUAAACGAAACUUAUCUUGUCAGCAA